GCAGCGCCGCCAGACAAAGGGCAGCCUCUCGCGCGCCGACGCGACGACAGGGCCACCACGCGACAACCUACGGAUCACUACGAACCCCUUGGUUCUAGGUAGCCGCAGCGCCGCCGGCCUCCUCUCUGCAGCGCCAAACACAAGGGCAGCCUCGAGGACAGCAGUCAUGAGCGCGCCCUCGUCCUACCGCCCCCCAACUGAACAAGACCGCCAGCUCGUGGAUGGAGUGUGGAGAGAAAGGAAGCACGGCAUCGAACCCCCGAAGCAAGAAACGGACAUGACGAAGGCGAUGUUGGCCCAAGGGCGAAUGUCGCCACAGAAAGUAGGCGUCGACCUGAAAAUGCAAAAGGCGAUGCUCCUGAAGCAGAUGGCCCUGCUGGAUGACCGUUGUGCCGCGACGCACAAGAUCCUCGGCAAGAAAACAAGAGAUAGACGAGCAUCCAAGUUGUUGGCGCAGGCCCACGCGCAUCUGCCGCGGUCUUCUCUCUCGAAGCAAGGCCAACGUGUCAUUGAAAAGCCGGUAGCUUUGCCGAAGAGGCCGCCCGUGCGAAGAACGACACCAUCCAUAACACCGAACCCGGACGUGCUCAUACACAAACUGAAAAGGACAGCAAAAACAGUCAAUGCCCAGAAAAUUCAGAAUCGGACGCGGCCGCACAAGGGCCCCUGUUCAGGUGUCUUCCGGAAGCAGAAAGUAGAAGAAACGGUAUUCCCGACGAGAUACGAGCGGGGCGAGUUGCCGUGCGCGAUCGAGCACGGCGCCUGCCACAACACUUUAAGCUGGGCCUGUCCGUUGCUCCAGUUGGACUACGAGCACUAUUUACCGAUUUUCUUGGAUGGGAUUCGUUGUACGGACGCGCGGUACAAGUUCGUGGCCAGACAAGGCUUUGACGAGAUGAUCGAAGAAGCGAAGGGCUUUCCGGACUGCGUGCUGCCCGUCGUGCCGGCUUUAAUAAAACCCAUCCGACUGGCCCUGGCGACGCACGACCCGGACAUCGUGGUCGCCGGUCUCAACGCUUUACAAAAAGUUGUGUUGAGCAACUACGGCGUCGGCGAGGCCAUGGUGCCCUUCUACCGGCAGUUACUCCAGCCGAUGAAUUUAUUUUACACGAAGCGCCAGAACAUCGGCGACCAGAUUUUUUAUGGACAGCGGAAGGGGACGGACUUGGGGACGGCCGUGCUGGAGACCUUGGAGCUGCUCGAGAAGACGGGCGGGCCGAACGCGUUCGUGAACAUCAAGUCCUACGUGCCGGUCUACGAGUCGUGCAUGCAGUAAGUCUGUUACACACAA